AGGCUCGCCGGCAGUGGGAGCGGCCAGCCAAAGAGGCAGGUCCAAGCCUUUCGAGCGAGCGAGCCAUGGGCAACAUGUGCUGCAAUCCCAGUGGCCCCGCCCCGGUGAUCGUCCACAUUUACGACGUCACCGGCUCGGCGCCCGUGCAAUAUGUGAACGAGGUGCUGCGCCCUAUGGGCACCGGCGCAUUCCAUGCUGCGGUGGAGGUUCACGGGAAGGAAUGGAGCUUCGGCCAGUGCAAGAGGGGCGGAGGGAUCUUCUCCUGCGCGCCCACCUGCUGUGAGCUCCACUCGUACCGUGAGGCAAUCCACAUGGGUCACACGGACCUGACUGAGUCGGAGGUGGAAUCGGUGAUCAUGGAAAUGCAGAAGCGGUGGAGAGGAAAGGAUUACGACGUGCUGCGGAAGAACUGCUGCCACUUCAGCGAUGAGCUGUGCCAGCUCCUGGGGGUGGGAACGCUUCCCAGCUGGGUGACAAGUAUGGCAGGGACAUUCUCUCUCGUUGAGCCCAGCUUACGGGAUCUGAGAGCCCGGCUGAUGAACCCCUUCUGCCUGGGCGGCAGAGAAAAGGAGAAGGAGAGGGAGAAGGAGGAGACGCAAAGAAUUCUCCAGGCCCGUUUGCAAGAUCAAAGCCUGCUUGGAUCGCUUCCAUAGUUGUUGGAAAAGGUUUUGGAUGCCCCCUUGGGCAAGGACGACCGGAUAAAUGGACUGGGAGAGUUUAACACAGGGAUUUUGGCUCAGCUACAGGCAAGUGGCUGAGUUGAGGCGUUUGAACCAUGGCCCUGUGCUCGAUGUGGGUGCAUCGUCCAACAGCUAUGUGGGUA